AUGUCCACAUCAACACCCCAAGAACCUGCACCACUCCACGACCCCCGCGAAGCAGACUACGAACGCUUCAAAAAUUACGCCGCGUACACCUUCCUAAUUGCCUCGCCCGUACUCAUUGCCCUCCCACCCCGCAAAUUCGACCAUCUCACCGUCCUCCUGGCCAGCGCAUUCGCCAUCUCCGCAAACCACAUCACUCGCGACCGGACAGGUCGCAGUAUUGUCGAGCGCAUCGAGUCGCGCAUCGCUCGUCCUCACAUCUUGCGCGAACUCCCCAGUGAUCGGGCGGAGGAGAUUCAUGCGCGAUUACGCGCCGCGCGGGAUGCGCAAAUUCGGGAAGCGGAGCUGUCGGCGGCGGCGAGGAAGGGGGCUGUGAGCGAGGAGGUGGAAAAGUUGAAGGCGAGGCAGAUGCAGGAGCAAGGUGUGGUGUCGAGGGUGUGGUUGGGAGGGGAGGAGGAAGGGUGGAUGGAGAAGCGGUUGAGGAAGGAGAAGGAGGCGUUGGAGGAGGGAAAAGGGUAUGGAGAUUUGAUUUAUGAACAUAUUUGGGAGGUGUGGAAUUGGGGGAAGAAGGUGGAGGAUGAUGAGGAUGAUGAAUGA